AUGUCAAAAUCAAAUCCCACCCCCGACUCACUACUAACAGAAACCAUAACCCAAAGAAAUGAAAGGUUUAAAACCCAAUUAUAUCAAGCCGGUGCAACAGGAAUAAUUCGAGGGACUUUAAUUGCUCUAGUGACAGGUUAUGCAUUAAGUUAUAAAUAUAAUCAUGGAAUAAAUUCCCAAUAUUUUAGAAAUGUUUAUAAAGUAUGGUGGUUCGUUGGUUGGAAUGUUGUUAGUGUUUCUUUUACUACUGAUAUUGCUAAAAUGAAAAUUAGUCGACAAGCUGCUUUGGAAGAUGAAAUUAAGAGGAAUAAAAUUUUGGAGAAUGAAUAUAAUGGGAAGAAACAUUAA